AUGCCUCCAGCAUCAAGAGGAUUGCUAGGAAGUAUCCGAAAAUGGAGAAUUUGUACAGCCUCAAUAAUUGCCCGCCCUUAUGCAUCGAUUUCUUCUGCAUUGGGCUCAAUUAAGCCUCCCAUGAAGAUACGCCUCCGAGAGUAUCAAGAAGAAUGUAUUCAAGCAGUACUUUCCCAUCUGAAGCAGGGGCACAAGCGCUUGGGUGUCUCAUUGGCGACUGGAAGUGGUAAAACCGUUAUAUUCACUCAGCUCAUUGAUCGCGUUUCAUCCCCGAGGGAAGCAGAUCAAACGCUGAUACUGGCUCACAGACAAGAGCUAGUCGAGCAAGCCGCCCGACACUGCACCAAUGCGUAUCCUUCGAAGCGAGUCGAGAUUGAGAUGGGCAAUAUACAUGCUAGUGGGCUCGCCGACAUCACCGUUGCCAGUAUACAAAGUAUUUGCUCUGGAAGCCGCAUAGACAAGUUCGACCCGAAAAGGUUCAAGUUGAUACUUGUAGAUGAAGCACACCAUAUUGUUGCUCCAGGCUAUAUGCGGACUCUGGAUCAUUUCGGCUUGUCCAAGGCGCAAUCAGAUUCCCCCGCUCUUGUCGGAGUAUCCGCCACCCUGUCUAGAUUCGAUGGGAUGAGGCUGGGUGCUGCAAUUGACCAGAUUGUGUACCACAAGGAUUACAUUGAUAUGAUUGGAGAAAAAUGGCUGUCUGACGUGAUAUUCACGACUGUUCAGUCAAAAGCAGAUCUAUCCAAGGUCAAACAAGGGGCAAGUGGUGACUUCCAGCCGGGGCAGCUCUCGCGGGUAGUCAAUACGGAGCUGGUCAACGAUAUCACCGUCCGUACUUGGCUUGCCAAAGCACAAGGCAGGAAGUCUACACUGGUAUUUUGUGUAGACCUGGAGCAUGUGGCCGGCUUGACCAACACUUUCCGGAAGCAUGGAAUCGAUGCUCGGUUCGUCACGGGAGAUACUCCCAAAUCAGAACGAGGUCUCCGACUGGAUUCUUUCCGGAAUGGCGAAUUUCCUGUUCUCGUCAACUGCGGCGUCUUCACAGAAGGAACCGAUAUCCCCAAUAUUGACUGCGUACUGUUGGCUCGGCCGACCAAGUCGAGGAAUUUGCUUGUCCAGAUGAUUGGCCGAGGGAUGAGACUGUUCCCAGGAAAGAAAGACUGCCAUGUCAUUGAUAUGGUGGCAAGUCUUGAGACUGGCAUUGUCUCAACCCCAACUCUGUUCGGUCUAGAUCCUGCUGAAAUAGUUGAGGCGGCAGAUUUGAACGGCAUGAAAUCGCUACAGGACCGAAAAGAGGCUGAAGAGCUCAGAAACGAGGCUGUCGACAGGGACGUGCAGCCAAACUUUCAAGGUCAGGUUUCGGCUCCUAAGACAGUGACCUUUACAGAUUACGAUUCUGUAUUUGACUUGAUCGAGGACACCUCAGGAGAGCUACACAUUCACAGAAUGUCUCCCAAUGCCUGGGUCAAGAUUGGCGAAGAGCGGUUUAUCCUCUCAAACUCAAGUGGAUCAUAUCUGAAAAUAGAUACAGCGACCAAUCAAGAAACAGGCGAAAAAGAAUACGUCCUCACUGAAACCGUCGCCUUACCUCGCGCCAUUUCCAAACAGCCUUACACUCGACCACGUCAGAUCUCCAAAGGUGUCACCUUGGCCGAUGUAAUCCACGCAGCCGAUACAUUCGCGCAAAAGAAAUACCCCUUCCUCUUCAUCAAUAGGAAUCAAGCAUGGAGAAAGAAUCCCGCUACCGAUGGGCAGCUUGCGUUUCUCAAUAAGCUAAGAUCGAAAGAGGACCAGCUCACUGCUGCGACGGUGACAAAAGGCAAGGCGGGCGAAAUGAUUACGAAGCUGAAACAUGGCGCGAGAGGCAGGUUUGCGAGUAUUGAGGCAGAGAAAAGGAAGGAGAGGAGGGUGAGAUUGAAGGUGGAGCAGGAGAGGGCGAUGAAGGAUAGAGAGCGGGUUAGUGUUGGGCCAGUUCUGGAUUGA